AUGUCUUUCUUGAAUGAACAGGAUCAAGAGUUUGACUUCGGGUUUGCGGAUUUCGGGUUCGGUGAUGCAGCUGAACCUAGCGCACAAACCCAAGUUGUCCAGGGCUCGAACUCCCAGCUACAGUUCCUGCCAGUAGCCCCGGCUCCGGCUCCAGUUCCAGCUCCGGCUAUACUGAUACAAGCCAAUGAGGAGAUGGCUUCGGCUGACGAUUGGGAAAAUCCGAAUCCAAGUCAUAGGUUCAGCCCAUAUGGACCAUUUAACUUUAGCCCAAUAAUUCCCCAGGGGACGAGCAGCCACCCAGAGUCUGUCAAGAGACGAAAGAUCAUUGGGAAGAAGCUAGGGUUGGCUGCCGGCCUCUUUCGGGCCAAGGAAUCCGGUCGAUCACGAAAACGGCAUCGCAAAGAUGCCAUCAAAAAGACGAAGGCGUACGAGAAGGCAGAUAGCGCCGAAAAGGAGAGACUGUUGGCGGAAGCCGACAAAACAAGUGCACGGGAGCUGGAAGCCACGAUUGCGGCCUGCAUUGAGGCCUGGAACAAGUUGUCUCCAGAGGCCCAGCAGGAGCUCAUGGCGGUGAAGUCUGCCCCAGAUGCCGAAGUCGUUGCAGCUCCACAAAUUGUGGAAGCUGAGGUAGUCCGACCGAUUGUAGUCAGGACUGGGGCCACUAAUGCCCCGAGAACGGCCGCAGUUGGUGGCCCGAGAGUAGUCCCUGUCGAUUUAAAGACAGGCUCUCGAGGGCCCCAACUGUGGCUCCCUGUCGACAUGAGAGAUGUUGACCCUGGGCUCAUAGCUUCGGCUAGAGCCAAGGCCAUGCCGUUUGCUUCGGCGACGGCUGGCCGAAAGAGAUCUGCUGCGGAAAUGGGCAGCACUGCACCCAUCUCACCUUCGCGGGUAGUCGCCUGUGCGGAUGAGAUUCCGGUUGAGGCUCCCCUUCCUCGUAAGAGGAAGUGUGAUGCCGAGACCGUCGAGUCCCAGACGCCGGGACGGUCCUGCCGCCCUCACAAGGCUCCUAAGCUUUCGGAAAAGCGAGCCGCCAGUGCCAUUCGAUACAUUAUGAGAUCGAUGGCUGGCAAGGCAGGGGCUACGGGGACGGUCAUUCCCCCGGGCCCCUUGGAGCAGUUGAGGGAUCAGGACCUCAACGCGGAGGCUGAGUGGGAUGCUGCCCAGUUCAUGAAGCAUCCGACAUUUAAGAAGUGGGCGCAAGCCCAAAAGAACAAGAAGCAUUAG